ACAAAAGAAAUAAUCAGUUUGUCAAAACAAACAACACCGAGUCGGCAUAAAGUGAGCGUAGCUGUCGCUGACAGCUGUCAAACUUUACAUUACAGCUUCGCUUAAUCCACCUGGAAGAUUCACCAUGUCCGUGAAAAGAUUACAGAAGGAGUUACAAGACCUUGGAAAGGACCCUCCAGCUUCGUGUUCAGCCGGACCUGUGGGGGACGACAUGUUUCACUGGCAAGCUACCAUCAUGGGACCGAAUGACAGCCCAUAUCACGGAGGAGUCUUCUUUCUUUCGCUCCAUUUUCCCACAGACUAUCCCUUUAAACCACCAAAGGUUGCCUUUACAACAAAAAUCUAUCACCCAAACAUCAAUAGCAAUGGUAGCAUCUGCCUUGACAUCUUGAGGGGACAGUGGUCACCUGCACUUACGGUGUCAAAAGUUUUAUUAUCCAUUUGCUCCUUACUAUGUGACCCAAAUGCAGAUGAUCCGCUUGUACCUGACAUUGCACGUCUCUACAAAACAGACAGACCAAAGUACAACGAAGUAGCCAAAGAAUGGACAAGAAAGUAUGCAAUGUGAGGGGCUGAGGUUUCAGCAAAAGUGGUGCAUCCCUAAACACCUCAAAAUAUGACAGUGCUGUUUCAACUGCUCAUCCACACUGGUUCUUGUUGGGGUUUUAAUCGCUUGAGGCACUUUCUCUACUUGGACUUUACUUGACUUUACUGUUUUUACUGUUUAUUUUAUUUUCCCCUUAAAUUGGCGUCAUUAUUAUUAUUGGUUGUGGUGAGAGGGCCUGAUUAUACUUUUCUUUUAAGAGAUUUAUAUUGUACAAGACCAUACUGGAUUUAUUUUUCAUUAUUUUGCAUUAAAUACAUUAAUCAAA